AUGGCAGAGCAGGACCCCCGAGCCAACAGGAGAGAAGCCAUAUUUCCGAUCAUUGGUAGCACGCUGACAAUGCUGAACUUACACAGUCACACUCCAAAGGGUUGCGGUGACGUUUUUUGUAUGUGUGCUGCGUACCUGCUUCCGUGUAUCAUAUUGCUACUUAUUUUAUUGCUUAUGGUGGGCUUUAACGCGUACUUCAUAACUUUGUCUCUGGAGCUUAACGUGAACUGGCGCAUCGGUGCCGCUGUGGUCGCUAUGGUUUUUGGCAAUGCCGCCAGCGCGGUGCUUCUGUGGGCAUUUCUGGGGGUUACCUUGACGGGCGCGGGAUACGUGCCUCCGAUCCCAUGGAAGUAUCCCCCCAGAUACGUUGGGGAUCGAAGUGACUUUCAGCCGUCUGUUUUAGCCCCUAUCGAGGGGUUCAACCCUAACAGCGUCACACAAUUGAAUUACAUGAACAGGUUGCGUUACUGCGUGCCGUGCGAUCAGUUUAAGCCGGACAAUGCGUACCACUGCGCCUUCUGCUCACGUUGCACGUAUGAGUUUGAUCAUCACUGCCCCGUUAUGAAUAAUUGCAUCGGACGUAACAACUAUAAACUGUUUGUGACGUUUCUAGUCUACGCGGGAAUCGUUGGUUUCCUGAAUGGGGGCUUGCUGCUGAUUGCUAUUUUUGUUCUGGAAGUUGGCGAUUAUAACAUCUUAUGGCUUAUGCUUCCCAUUAUUAUGGUCAUGGUGGCUGCGCCACCUUUCUGCUUUGGCCUACUGCAUGUGUGGUGGGUCUAUCACGGUGAGUCAACAAUGUCGCGACACGUCGCCUCAUUCAAUCGGGAGAGAUCGCGCCAGCCGACUAGGCAGCAGUUGGAGCGAAGGCGCCGGGCUCACUGGGAUGCGGUGUUGGGCACCGAUAGGCGCUGGUGGCGCAUGAUUCUUCCACUGAAGCCCAGAUGGUUGGCUUCUGAAGAGACCGUUUGA